AUGAUUCAGAGACAACUAAAACAACUGCCUCUAACCGUAAUAUCACCAAAGCCAGAACUGGUACCAAGAUCAAUUUUCCAAUUGGGGAUACAAAGUAGAUUGAUCACCAAUAUAUCAAAUAUACCUGAAUUACUAGUGGACGAUAAAGGUCAUUAUAUGAUAAAAGCAGAAUGCCUGGAUGACCUUGACAUGGUUUUAUCAGAGUUUGAGAAGACAGGAAAAUGGCACAGUACUUCGAAAUUCUUUAUUUUUUUGCAAAAUGAUGAAGAUUUGGAUUCUAUCGCAGAAAUAUUCAAAAAACUUUGGAAACUCUACAUUUACAAUGCAGUCGCAACUACUGAUUUCAUAAACUUUUAUACGUGGUUCCCUUACGCCAUUAACAAUAAUUGUGGAAGAGAAUUUCACCUGAGUGAAUGUCCCAGAAACAAUUCCUUUGAUCCAUUCGCCAAUAAGAUACCCAAGAAAGUCAACAAUUGCGAAUUCAACGUGACAAUGGCUAUCGCUGAGAUGUAUACAGAUGAAAAAACGAAUGAAGGCUUCAUCAACGCGUAUAUCGAUACCAUCUGUGAAAAGCUCAAUAUGUCUUCGAAGUUCCUACCCAGAAAUUAUGUAAAAUAUAUUGAAGAAAGUGGUAAUUUGAACUUGAUACCAGAGGAAAUGGAGAACGAUAAUAUACAAGCAGCUCAAGUGGUACUUCUGUUUGAUAAAAGGUUGCCUUGCAAUUUUUGUCAGUAUACUUGGUCAAUUCUCGAUACCAAUCUAUAUUUUGCAGUGCCUUUCAGGAAGAAGUUACCUACGAAGAUCUUAGAAAUACUUCCAAAUAACGUUAAAAUCAGUUACAUUUUCAUAGCAAUCCUGUUCGUGAUCACUUGGAAGUUCAUCAAUAAAGUAACAUGGCAACGUUCGAUCUUCGAUAUAACACAACUUCUUGUCACAGUCCAAACAACCCGAAGAUGCAUGAGACGAUCAGCAAACUGUCUAUUGAUCCUUAUCUUCUGGUAUGGCCUGAUAAUGAACACAGUUUACUCUACUGGUUUAGGUAGUAUUUUAACCAGGCCGGAACUAUCACCGAAAAUACAAACUCUAGAACAACUACUUGUCUCAGACUAUCGAAUAGCUUCUAAUAUUAUGAGCAUGCAGUUCAUCGAAGAAAGUGAUCCAGAUAAGGCGCUCAAGAUCAAAAAAAAAGUUAUAGAAGGAAGUAAGGAAAUUCCUUAUCCAGAAACUAUACGUCGUUUUAUGAAGAAUCCAGAUCACUCUAUCGGUAUCAUUACAAACACCUUCUGGCAAAUUAGGAAUCUGAAAGAUAUUGAAAUCAUCUUGGAUGAUCCCGUGAGUAACUGA